CGUUCCUGUACUCUCUUCUUCUCUUUUUUCUUCUUCUGGUAGCAAACCGGAGUAAAAAGGAGCAAAGAUUUUUUGCUCCUGUUUACUCCGGAGUGACUUCCGUGUGCUGGAACAAACCUAUUAACUUCUUAAAAUUAACUGCGAGGUAUAGCUAAAAAUGUUCGAUUAAUCGGCAGAAGCACCAAAAAUUCAAACGCUUUCGUCUACUCAAUCAUGUCAAAUAACAGUGAUAUUGUUGCCUCUCUCAAAAUUCCGUUCCCGUCCCGCCGAGAAGCAGAAAUCGCCUUCGACGUGCUUAGGAUUGACAGCGAACCAAAGCGAAGUUUCAUCGAAAAGUCUCUACGGCUAGAGAACAAUCUGUUGCUGGUUGAAUUUCGCAGUCAGCAAGCCAAGAACGUGCGAGUCGGAGUGAAUUCUUUUUUCGAAUCCUUGCUACUGUGCUGCGAAACGAUAGCUCAAUUCGGACCGGCUGUCUCGGAACAUUAUCAACAUUAUUGA